AUGCUGAAUACAUCACUUUCGUGGGACCCCCCUGAAUUGCUGCUUAUGGGUUCUCAGAGCGUAGGUAAUAAUUCAGAGGGAUGCAUAUGUUUUGAACAAUUUGCCUUACAAGGAUCGCUUUCCCAACGUGGGAUUGCGCAGGAUCUCCUUAAGAGGGGUAGGCCUUUGUUGUGGGACUCCAGCCGUAAUAGAACCAUCCCACACACGCUUGUUAACCCGCUGAACAGUGCGGUGUUCAGGUGGUCUGGCCUGUACUGUGGGUCCGUGGUAAAUCGUACUCGGCAGUGGUAUAAUUUCAAAACCGCAAAUGGGUGGAAAGGUUCCCUGUGUAACAAUUGUACAUUGCCAGAGCAGUGGUGCAAUAUCACCACGAGUGACUGUUGCUGCAACAUCACACAAUCUUGGCCGCAGGGAGGGUACGGAUACGCCCGCAGGAGGCCACAAUAUAAUGUCGCCACCGGAAAACUAUGGAAAGGUAAAUUUGAUGAUAAUGGUCUGGAUAGGAGUAAUGAGAGAGUUAGUGUUGUCGGAGGUUCAAAGAUGUUACCACCAGGGGUGUUCCUGGUAUGUGGUGACAGGGCUUGGCAGGGUAUCCCGAGGAUACCGGUGGGGGGACCAUGUUACCUGGGGAAAUUAACUAUUCUAUCACCAAGUUGAUUCUCUGAGUGGGUACAAUUGGUCAGGGACAUGAGUAAAGGGACUCGGAAAAGGCGAAGUAUUCCCACCCUAGGAUCAGACUGCGGUGACGAGGUACACCUUUGGGGACCAAAGGCACGAAUAUUUGCAUCCAUCCUGGCUCCGGGAGUAGCCGUGGCUCAAGUGCUUAAGGACAUAGAAAGACUAGCUUGUUGGUCCGUGAAACAGGCCAACAUGACUUCUGCGCUCCUAAGCGAACUACUCAUGGACACUGAUAGCCUUAGGCAUGCUGUGCUCCAGAAUAGAGCGGCGAUCGACUUCCUACUCCUGGCACAGGGUCAGGGAUGCAACGACUUUGAAGGGAUGUGUUGUUUCAAUUUAAGCGAUCACAGUGAAUCGCUACAUAAGAAGUUACAACUGUUAAAGGAACAUACAAAAAAGAUUGGAAUACAGGAAGAUCCCUUCGGAAAUUGGUUGGAGAAUUUGUUUGGUGGGAUUGGGCCAUGGCUUAAGCAGUUGCUUAAAGCGUUAGUAAUAGGGCUGUUUAUAUUUUUGGGGUUAAUGUUGUGUUUGCCAUGUAUCUUUCAAUGUUUGCGAGGUUGUAUACAACGAAUGACUGAGAAAAUGAUCUACACGCAAUUGGAAUACUGUAGAAUGCAGGAUAAGUUCUAAGAUGUAUGUUGUUUAGGUUUAGCACAUUGCGUAUUGUAAUGGGGCAAGGCUUCUGUUGGCAUGGGGAGGGGGAAAUGUUGUAUUAGGCGCUUGCGCCAUCUUCGGGUUGUAACGCGUUAGGACCUCCCCCUCCAUAUAUAAGCACGUGUUUGUUCCAUAAAAGCGCCAAAACUGUAAUUUCAAACGGUUCUUACGCAGCAACUGUGUGUGUAAACAGUAACAAAGAAAAAAAUGAGCAGUACAACAUUUAAAACUGCAUCUGAAAAGAAGCAAGCAAGCGAACAGGAUUCUGCAAUUCAUUUGUUGCUGUUACAGAACACACUUUUUAUUACUUCAGCACUUUCAGUAUUCAUCCUCUUCUUCAGCCUCUUCUACAGAGUCUAUCCCAGCUUCUUCAUAAUCUUUUUCAAGGGCAGCCAGAUCUUCCCGGGCUUCGGAAAAUUCAGCAGUUCAGUAACAGGAACGUUACAGUGCAGUACAAUGACCGCUACCUCCAAAUACCACGUAAUUCCUACUAUUUCCAAGAUCAAGCACUUCAGAAGUUAUCAAAGUACCUUGAAUCCAGUUGGGCACCAAUCCACAAACUGAACGGUACGUUUAGUCUUGAUAGUAGCGAUAGCUGCGUUAACAUCUUCAGGGACAACAUCACCUCUGUAUAACAUACAGCAGGCCAUAUAUUUACCAUCACUCGGGUCACAUUUUACCAUCUGGUUGGCUGGUUCAAAGCAAGCAUUGGUAAUUUCAGCCAGGGAUAACUGCUCAUGGUAGGCUUUUUCAGCAGAGAUGAUAGGGGCAUAUGCUACCGAGGGGAAAUGGAUUCGUGGGAACGGAACAAGGUUAGUUUGAAAUUCUGUCAGCUCUACAUUAAGGGCUCCAUCAAAACGUAGUGAAGCUGUGGUGGAUGAAACAAUUUGCCCAAUUAGUCGAUUUAAAUUGGUAUAAGUGGGACGUUCUAUGUCCAGGUUGCGAUGACAUAUAUCAUAAGUGGCUGCAUUAUCUACCAUGAAUGCGCAGUCUGAAUGCUCCAGUGUUGCAUGUGUAGUUAAAACUGAAUUGUAAGGUUCCACUACAGCAGAAGAAACCUGUGGUGCUGGAUAAAUUGCAAAUUGUAGUUUAGAUUUUUUGCCAUAGUCAACAGAGAGCCUUUCCAUGAGCAGAGAUGUAAACCCUGAACCAGUGCCUCCUCCAAAACUGUGAAAGAUAAGGAAACCUUGCAGCCCAGUGCACACCUCAGCCUAUAAUAGGAUGGAAAAAAGCAAGAGAGAAAAAACAUAUAUUUAUUAUUACCUUUUCCAAAAUCAUCAACAUUAAAAUAAACACUCAAAAGCAAUUAUUUCCUCAUCAUUUGUUUUAAAAGGUAACUUUUUUCUUGUAUAUCUUUUACUUAAAACCACCACAGCACACCUUGUUCUGAAUAUGAGUAUUUUCUCAUUUGAAUGGAGCAUUUUCCUUUAUGCAUUUUUUAUCCCACUAAAAGCAAGAGCAGUUGUGCACCACUGUGAAAGGUUAUUAGAAAUUACAGCAGGCUUGCAGCUUUUAAACUACUAUUGUACUCUGUAUGGCAGCAAGUAUCAAUUUGGUUUGGAAAAAAGGUAUUUUUACAACUUCAGAUAGGCAAUCACUACUUCACUUUGAUUCACAUCAUGCUAAGUGAAUUUCUUACAUUACACCAGGUUAUGGAAACCUAGAAAGACAUGUGAAAUUGCUGAACGUCCAACCAAAAUCUGAGUUUCAGGGUACUGGAAAUAUUUUGAAUGACACAUAAUGGUGCGAUUCAGGUUAAAAAUAACAAACAAGUGCUUACAGUCUGAAGAUUUUAUAACGCACUUCUGAGGUAUCCUUAAAAUAUCUUCAAAUAAUGAUGUUCCACAUCACAAGAACUUUCAAGUUUUACUGACUGAAUUUUUAUUUAACUCAAGAGGGGGGAGGCAUGGGACCAAGUUCCUGGUUUUUUGUUUUUAAUAAUCUAUGCAUAACAUUCUUAAAAACAAACAACUCCCUCCCCCCCAGAAAAAAAACCAACACAAGUGUCAUAACAAAUUGUAACUAUAGGUAGCUCUAGAGCUGUAUUUUAAAUAAAAUUUGUAUUUUAAAUAUU